AUGCGUUUCUCAACCGUCGCCUCCGGCCUCGCCCUCCUCUCCGGCGCCGUUGCUCACCCCGGCCACGAUCUCACCGAGGAGAUUGCCGAGCGCCGCGCUUUCUUGAGCACCAUUAAGCGCUCUAACCUUGCCCACUGCGCCGACAAGCUCGCUGCUCGCGGUGUCACCGCCCGCAACGUCGCCCGCCGCUCCGCUCAGCUUACCCAGGCCCGCCAGAAGCGCAGCAUCAAGCGUGAUGCCGACUCCGUCCUCGCCGAGAGCCACAACUCCACCGAGCUCGGCUACACCCUGAACACCGACGCCGCUACUCUCUUCUCCGGCAACAACUCUUGCGUCUUGACCCCCGAGGUUACCCAGGGCCCUUACUACGUCUCUGGCGAGUAUGUCCGGCGCAACAUUAUCGAGGAGCAGGAGGGUGUCGACAUCGUCCUUGACUACCAGGUCAUUGACGUCGACACUUGCGAGCCCGUCCCCAACGUCUACCUCGAGAUGUGGCACUGCAACUCCACCGGUGUCUACUCCGGCAUCGUCGCCUCCAGCAACGGUGACUCCUCCGACACGACCAACAUCGACAAGACCUGGCUCCGCGGUAUCCAGGAGACCGACUCCGACGGUGUCGCUCAGUUCGAGUCCAUCUUCCCCGGUCACUACACUUCCCGUGCCACCCACAUCCACUUGAUGGUUCACCAGAACGCCACUGUCUACGCCAACAACACUCUCGGCAACGUCAUCACAGCCUCCCACGUCGGCCAGACCUUCUUCGACCAGGACCUCAUCUCUGCCGUCGAGGCCUUUGCCCCCUACAACACCAACACCCAGGAGCUCACCACCAACGCCGACGACUCCAUCCUGAGCGAGGAGGCUGCCACCGAUGGCGUCGACCCUGUCAUGGAGUACACCCUUCUCGGCAACAGCAUCACUGACGGCCUCUUCGCCUGGAUGGCCUUCGGUAUCAACACCACCCAAGCCCAGACCGUCACCCCCGCUGCUUCUCUCUACGCCGAGGGUGGUGUUGCUAACUCCAACUCUGGCGGCGGCGGCGGUGGCUCCCCCCCUAACGGCACUGCUCCCGGCGGCGCUCCCGGAUCUGCUUCUUCUUCCGUUGCCACCACUUCCGCUGCCGCCUCUACUGAUGCCGCUGCCUCUUGCUAA